UGAAGCUUUAAGGUUGUAUGCAUAUAGCGCCAGCUGUACUUUCACCAAGUUUAACUAGCAAAUGCUUCGCAGCAUACUUUCAUGUAAUCAUCGAUACUGUCCACGACAAACUCACCUCAAGGCCUACUUCUCUUCGACGCCGCUGACAGCGAACGAUAAGCCGCCUUCGAAACACAAUGACAAAAUUAACUAUAACCCGGAUAUCUCUUUCUCUACCACUGUCGACCCGAAACAUCUCAAGUACCCAAUGCUUUCGUCGCAUGACCUCGAGUCUCAUCGUAAACCCCCAACCAGAGUACGGAUGCUAGUCCGAGAUUUCAUAGAGGAUUCAUUGUACAAUCCGCACUACGGCUAUUUCAGCAAGCGCGCCACGAUUUUCACUGCACCUCCACAUUGCGGUGGCGUUGAGGGAGGCUUUGAUUUUAAUAAGUAUAGAGACAGUGCCGAGUUUGAAGUCGACGUUGCAAAGAGGUACGGGGAAUUUGGCAAUGGAGAAGAGGACGGUCCUGGGAGGCAACUCUGGCACACUCCGACAGAAGUUGUUCAAGACUUCAAGGUCUACGAGCUGGGAGCCGGAAAUGGCACGCUGGCGCUGAAUAUCCUGGAUUUUCUAAAGACGCACUACCCAGAUGUAUAUGACCGCACACAGUAUACGAUCAUUGAGAUUAGCGAGAAGUUAGCACGGGCACAACGGCACCGUCUACAUCAACAGGGCCAUGGCCAGGUCGUGGACGUGGUGAACCAGAGCGUUUUCCAGUGGCAACGCAAGGAACACGCUCCAUGUUAUGUGGUAGCAGCGGAGGUGGUCGACAAUUUUGCACACGAUGUGGUGCGGUAUGAUCUAAAGACCCUGGAGGCAUAUCAGGGAGUUGUAGCUGUGGACGAAGUGGGCGAUUUCGUACCGUUCUACACGAAGAUCAAUGAUCCGCUCAUCGCUUCUUAUCUCGCGCUGCGUCGGCGGCUGUCACUUCCAGUCCCGCUACCCCGAUUCCUUCGUUCGCCAACUUUGCGGAAAUUGUACGCAUCUUUGCCAUUCGCACCAAACCUUUCACCCCCAGAUUACAUCCCGACGAGACUGUUGAGCCUACUAAAGAUACUGCGCACGAACUUUCCUCGCCACCGGCUUUUAUUAUCAGAUUUUUCAUCGCUACCGGAUGCGGUGCCAGGCCUAAACGCCCCUGUAGUACAAACACGCGUUGGCACGACCAUGAUUCCUUGUGGGACUAUCUUCGACUUUACUGCUCUUCGCGAGAUGUACGAGUUCUUGUUAUCACAGGCGGGGCCCGACGCGGAUGAACAAGACGAACUCUCGUAUGCAAGAGUGUCGCCGUUGGCAUCGAGUACAUCUCCCCUUUCGCUUGGAGCCGAUUUCUUUUCAUCCCGUGCUCGCCGCUCACCUCUGGAUGGCGUGACGUCUGCGAGUGGGCUUCCCGUUGGUGAGCGGAAGAGCAGUGUGUUCAGUCAUGCAGAAUAUUUGGAGACAUAUGCAGACCUUGAGAAGACGAGGUUGGUGAAUGGGGAGAAUCCAAUGAUUGGAUUUUAUGAAAAUGUUAAUGCUUUUAGCAUCGGUAUCGCGAAAUAUCUAUUCGAGCAAAGUUACCACAUGAGAUAA